AGUGCUCGCCGCCUGUUGUCGCCCUUUUUCACAAUUGUAGCGGGCACGAAAUUCUAAUCAUUGAUAACGGAGUUGCCGGUCAGCAUUACCUUUAUCAGCAAUGACGAAGAAUAGUGUCCUGCUCAACCGCUAACCAGCCUCUUCACUAAUUGUUCCCUAGCUGCUUGCCCGCUACAAUGGCUGAAGAAGAGCAUACCAGACUUGGAAUGUCUGGUUCGACUGAUGAGCGAAAAAUGGCAGCUCGUGUGCUCAGUCGACUUACGCCCAAAAAUACAGCUCUAUUCGUGUGCGAUUUGCAGGAGAAAUUCAGCAGGAGCAUUCAAUACUUCCCUGAGAUUAUCACAACAUCGAAGCGUUUGGUAGAUGGUGCUAAAAUUCUUAACAUCCCGAUAUUUGUGACUGAGCAGUACCCGAAAGGGCUUGGUCAUACCGUGCCUGAGUUGGGGCUUCAGGAUGUCAAGAAGCACGAGAAAACUAGGUUCUCGAUGUGUCUUCCUGAUAUUACUUCUGCCCUGGACAGGGACAAUAUUGUACUGGUUGGGAUUGAAGCACACGUUUGCGUUCUCCAUACUGCUCUAGAUUUGCUGGAGAAAGGAAAAAAUGUCCAUGUUGUCGUGGAUGGCGUGAGUUCGCGAUCGCUCACUGACAGAAAAUAUGCAUUCAAACAAAUGGACAGAGCUGGAGCAGUGCUGACCACAUCUGAAUGCGUUCUGCUUGGACUUGUUCAAGAUGCUUCCCACCCCAAGUUCAAGGAUGUACAGAAACUGAUUCUAGAAUUGGCUCCAGACACUGGCUUGCUUUCGAAAAUGUAGGGAGAAAGUCGCUUCGUUUAGGGAGAAUUUGUAGUCUGGUAUAGUCUGUGGUAUGGUCAUUUCCGGUGUUGUGCAGUUUGACUGAAUGAUUCACGAGUAUUUAUGAUUCUUCAUUAAGAACAAAU